AUGGAAAUAUUGUUUUCUGCAUCAGAUAAUCAGGCUGGGCAAUCAUUUGUUUCCUACAUAACUGCAAAGAUUCUUGACGGCAUUCAAGUGUCCAUUAGACGCGUCCAUGUCCUGUAUCGUGAUAUGUUUUCCGACUCGGCACAAACGAUAUUUGGUUUAAAGUUUUCCAGCCUGACAGUUAUGACGCAAAAUCUUUUCGGGUUUUCUGGUGAAAAGGGUAGAGUGGGUCAAGUCAACAAACUUGUGGAUGUUCAAGGUUUUGAAAUUUAUUGUAGUACUAUUAGAGGGACUUUUGAUUCGACGAGUGAAGAGGAUUCUGAGGAGACUAAUGUUUGGGGCAAUGAAAUAUUGGAAGGCGAUAAAUAUGUGAAUAUGGUGGCGUCAUUCAAUGUAUCCAUGUCUCUUUUGGUGAACAGAUCAGGAAAGCUUGAGAAUGAUGCACCGCAAUAUAUCGUCAGUUUUGAGCUAACAGGCCUGGUAAUGUCAAUUGAUGAGGUUCAGCUGCAACAACUCUUGGUUCUAUGUGAUUCUUUAGGCACAUGCCAAUUGAAAGCGAAAUAUGGCCGUUAUCGUCCAUGGUGGAGUCCUUUAUCGAAAAAACAAAAGGGAUGGCAAACAGCAUGGUGGCGCUAUGCCCAGCAAUGUAUCCUUUCAGAUGUUCAUAAAAGAUUGAAGAAAACUUCUUGGACGUACCUUGGAGAACGGCUAAACCGUCGGCGGAGGUAUGUCAACUCGUACAAACUUAAAUUGCAACGCCUUCAGCAAGAGCAGGUAAUAGAUGAUGAUAUUGUUCGAGAGUUGGAGCAAAUGGAAAAAGAAUCCGAUAUAGAUGAUAUCUUAACCUAUAGGUCUGCUGCUGAACGUGAGUUGCAGGAAUUACUGGUGAAAUCUUCCUCCUGCUCUGGAACUAAUGAUACCAAUAUUGGUAUAGGGAAGUCACUAGAUAAUGAGCAACUGUCUAGCAAGCCCCGUGGAUGGUUAAACUGGUUGUCACGUGGAAUGCUUGGUGCUGGGGGAACAGAUGAUUCUAGCCAUUUUUCUGGUGCUGUAUCAGAUGAAGUAAUCAAGGACAUUUAUGAGGCAACCAAAUUUCACCCUGCGCCUUCACCUAACGUGGAUGCUGCUGGGAAUGAUGAAAUUUACUUGUCUUCAAUCAAGUUCAACAUUCAUCGAUUUUUUGCAACACUGCGGAGCAUGAAGUUUGGUCAAUCAAUUGCUGAGUUGAUUUUUGAGGGAAUUUUUGUUGAGUGUAAGAUAUGGGAGGAAUCUGCAGUCAUUAUGGGCUCAGUCAACUCUGCUGAGAUGCUUAAUCCACUGAACCAGCAAGUCAUUUUACGUGUGAGAGAGCCAAUUAUUGAGGAAAAAUUGAUAGGAAAAAAGCAACCUUCUCUGAAUAUUCGGGUUGAUGUUUCUCGGGUAGAUAGUGAGGUUGGCUUAUCAGUAAAGGUAUUUUAG